UCAAACAUUCUCUUUCCCUCUAAAAAAAUUUGAAGACAAAAAUGGGCCUUCUCCAUUGUCCACUACCUUGCCAUCUACAAGAAGAAAAUCAAUCAUUUGACACACAUACCCUUCAAUCUGGUUACUCCUCAUCCUCAUCUUCUUCUUCACUGACUUCACAGCAAAGCCUUCAAUCCCUUCCUUCACUCUCUCAAUCCCAACAAUUUGAUCUACAAAAUUCAGUACAUAGCCAGUGUAUCUCAACUCUUAAAGGCCACACCUCCUAUGUCUUCUCCCUUGUUCUUUGUGGGAAACAUCUCUAUAGUGGUUCCUACAACAAUGAAAUCCGGGUUUGGCCAAGGGAACUGACGGCUAACCAUCAGAAUCCAAUCGAGAAUAAAAAUAUUGUAGCUGUCUCAAAUGGUGCAGUCAAGUCCCUGGUAGCAUUAGGGGAUAAGCUAUUCAGCGCCCAUCAGGAUAAUAAAAUUCGGGUCUGGAAAAUUCAUGACAAUAACGAAAACCACCCACAGCGAUACCAAUGUAUAAAAACUCUUCCCACAAUGAACGACCGUUUCCUAAGGCUAUUCUUUACCAAAAACUAUGUAGAAGUGCGGAGGAACAAGUCAUGUACCUGGGUCCAUCACGUUGACACUGUAUCGGCACUUGCCUUAUCAGGCGAUGGAUCCCAUCUAUACUCAGCCUCAUGGGAUCGGACCUUUAAGGUCUGGCGAACCUCUGAUUUCAAGUGCCUAGAAUCUGUGACCAAAGCGCAUGAUGAUGCCAUCAAUGCUCUCACGUUAUCUAAAGAUGGGUAUGUCUACACUGGAUCAGCUGAUAAGACGAUCAAAGUAUGGAAGAUUAACCAAGGUGAAAAAAAGCACUCACUGGUGGCAACGUUACAGAAGCACAAGUCAGCUGUUAAUGCAUUAGCUUUAAGCAGUGAUGGCUCUGUGCUCUAUUCUGGAGCAUGUGAUCGAUCGAUAGUAGUAUGGGAGAGAGAAGCUGAUGGUGCGGGAAACAUGGUGGUUGUGGGAGCACUUAGAGGCCACAGCAACGCGAUUUUGUGCUUGGCUGUGGUGUUUGAUGUGCUUUUCAGUGGGUCAGCUGAUAAAACUAUCAGGGUAUGGAAGAGGUCAAGUGUUGAUAAGAGUUAUACUUGUUUGGCAGUCUUAGAAGGGCAUAUGAAACCUGUUAAGUGCUUAACUGCAACUAUUGAUCCAAACAAUAGUCCUGGCUCCGGUACUUCUUUUAUAGUGUAUAGUGGUAGUUUGGAUUGUGAUAUUAAGGUGUGGCGAAUUUGGGUUCCAUUUCAGUGAAGGCAUUACGUGUGUUGUGUUGUUUUGUAUUUGUUGUCGUCAAAUGUAAAUAGAAGAAUUUCAGGAAACGUAACUAGGGUCAGAAGCCAGGAUUAAGAAGGGUUAAAGCGGGAAAAAGAAAAGCUUUACAACAUGGGUUUUGGUCUUUUGGAUACAGGUUUUAAGAAGUUUCUUCAGAGAAACCAUUCUCUCAUAAAACUUCCAAGAACAGUGCAUCUUUGACUAUAAGACAACGUUUGAUCAAUUUAUGUGGAUGCUUUAUUGACGACAUGUUUCAAGUAUUCAAAUCUAGAGGAAUUAUGAUUUUUAAUUACACUACAAAUAUUAUCUUUAUCGGUAUAAAUGAUUAACAUUAAGUUAAAAUGUAUUCCACAAACGUUUUUCAUUACUAGCAUAGUGCCAAAAAGUGAUAACGGUCACGGCGGUAACGACACGGUGAUGUGGUUGUCGUACUGCAAAUAUCAGUUGUAAUCGUGAGAAAUCAUUUGAUUAGGGCUAAAAUGCGGUUAAUUCACGCCUUGACAGCAUGUGUAAUAUCAAAUUUGAGGGCGACGCUGCGACCUUGUUUUGCAUAAUGAUUACUAAUACUAACACUGAAGCUCAGAAUUCAAAACAGAGUCAGUACACUACUCAGAUAUUUCUUUU